AUGUCUCAGACUGCCAAGUCCGCCUCCAGCCAGGGCACCGAUGCCAAGGACAAGGGAGCCCCAGCUCCUGCUGCCUCCAGCAAGGCCACCAAGACCGGAGAGCCUGGCAUGGGAUCCUUCAGAAUCAUGCUGUUCGACCAGGAGAACUUCCAGGGCAGGAUGAUCGAGAUCCAGAAUGAGUGUAUGAACGUGUGUGACCGUGGCAUCGAUAGAGUGCGUAGUAUCAUUGUGGAGUGCGGCCCCUUUGUUGCCUUUGAGCAGACUAACUUCCGUGGGGAGAUGUUCAUCCUGGAGAAGGGAGAGUAUCCUCGCUGGGAUACCUGGAGCAACUCCUACCGCAGCGACUGCCUCAUGUCCCUCAGGCCCAUCCGCAUGGACAGCAUGGAGCACAAGAUCUGCCUGUAUGAGCUCUCCGACUUCAAGGGCAACAAGAUGGAGAUCCAGGAGGAUGAUGUGCCCACCCUCUGGGCGCAUGGCUUCUGUGACAGAGUGGGCAGCGUGAGAGUCCCCGGAGGAGCCUGGGUUGGAUACCAGUACCCUGGAUACAGAGGCUACCAGUACCUGUUUGAGUGCGGUGAUUACAGACACUACAACGACUUCUGCGCCUUCCAGCCCCAGAUCCAGUCCAUGCGUCGUAUCAGGGACAUGCAGUUCCACCAGAGAGGAUGCUUCACCUUCACCUCCGCCAGCAAGUGAGCGACGCCCGCUGGCCGUCUGGUGCUGUCGUAGCCAUGCAGCCCUCUCAGCUUUUUAUUUCUCCAAAUGCCCCCCACACCCCUCCCCUUUUUCUCCAAUCCUUUCCUAAA